CGCUAGCCCCUGUAGGUAGUGAUGAGGCUGACAGCUCCAUGGCGGAGCGAUUUGCGUCGCCACAAAGACAUGAGACGUUAGCUCGGAAGAUCCCAUUACAGGGUUCGCACGUUUUAAAAUGGUCGAAACAAAAGCGUGAGAAAGCGAUAGGCCCGCUACUAAAACAAUAUCGUCACAUUUCUUAACACUAAAACCCGAAUAACAGUAGUAACGUUAAGUGGAUUCAUUUGCUUACUCGCGUGGGAUAAUGGAGAAGAAAAGGUGGGAUUGCAGUGCUCUCCCCAAAGGCUGGAAAAUGGAAGAAGUGACGAGAAAGUCGGGUUUGUCAGCUGGGAAAAGCGAUGUCUAUUAUUUUAGUCCAUCUGGGAAGAAGUUUCGGAGCAAGCCUCAGCUGGCCCGUUACCUCGGUAACCAGAUGGACCUCAGCUCCUUCGAUUUUCGCACAGGGAAGAUGCUGAUGAGCAAGCUGAACAAGAAUCGUCAGAGGCUGCGGUAUGACAACAAUAACCAAAAUAAGGGCAAACCUGAUCUAAACACAUCACUCCCAGUCAGGCAAACGGCCUCCAUUUUUAAGCAGCCGGUUACCAAGGUUACCAACCAUCCCAACAACAAAGUGAAGACAGACCCUCAGAAAGCCGUUGAUCAACCCCGACAGCUAUUUUGGGAGAAGAAACUUAGUGGCCUAAAUGCUUAUGACAUCGCAGAGGAGCUGGUUAAAACAAUGGAGCUGCCUAAAGGACUCCAAGGCGUCGGUCCAGGCUGCACAGACAAAACUCUCCUGUCGGCAAUCGCAAGCGCUCUCCACACCAGCGCUGCCCCGAUCACCGGGCAGCUUUCUGCUGCUGUAGAGAAGAACCCAGGGGUCUGGCUCAACACUGCGCAGCCGCUGUGCAAGGCCUUCAUCGUUACAGAUGAGGACAUCAGGAAACAGGAGGAGCUGGUGUACAGUGUGAGGAAAAGGCUGGAGGAGGCACUCAUGGCCGACAUGCUGGCCCACGUGGAGGAGGCUGCCAACGAUGGGGAGCCACUGAAGGAGGAGGGAGCUGGCAGUGAAGACAUGGAGAGCGUAUAGCACAGGAUUUUUCAAAGUCCAAAUGAACGUAUUCAAUGCCUCUAUCAAAAACCAUAAACAGCUCGGCCCUAAAGGACCCCCCUCUUGCAGUUCAGCCACCUGCAGCUGUUUUGUCAUGAACCCCGCUCUAUGGGACUGUUUGGCUGUAUUUAUGAGCCCAAUGGCUUUUAAAUGGGAGACUUUAAAAAAGAAAACCCAAUGAAUGACAUAUAUAAAUAAUAUUUACAUCAUGUCCAAUUCAGUGUUUAGUCAUAAAUGUAUUUUUUACCAAAAGUUUUUGUUUGUUUUGUUUUUUGACAAUCAUGUUCAAAUGUUUAUCAUGUCAUCUGAAAGCUGUUUGGUUUUGGGCAGAUUGGGAGUAAAUGUUUUGUACUUUUGACGCAUGUGUGGAAGAUUAGUCCGAAUGUUGAUUUUACAGAGUGUAUUCAGAGUGUGUGUGUUUGUGUGUGCGCGCGUGCAUGCAUGCUUUAAGGAUGUAUGUACUAUUAAAUCUGAAUUGGGCUCAGUAUUGACAUAAAAUCAUGUCAUUUUAAAGACUUUUCACUGAGUAUAUAUAUUUUUUGCUUAAAACUUGUGCAGCAGAAAACACAUUUAGUGACUUGACCUGGUAUUACUGGUACUAUUUUUAUUUUUCAUUUUUGUAUGCGUCAGUGUUACACACACGCUGCCUCCUUUAAAUCCACAUACAAAACAAGUGAUGGUAAAUUAGUGUUUUCCUUUGUUUUUUAUUUAAAGAAUAAUACUUUGUUUAUCCUUGUUGGAUACAUUUAGUUGAAAUCAUAAAAUGCCC